CGUGGCGAAAUUUCCUUCGUCUAUUGCGUAGGACCUUGUCUUGCCCCUGAAGUCAGCGUAAUUACAUAUUCUGCGUACAAUGCAUCCCUGAUGUUAACGGCUCAGGACGAAGGUUCCUAGUUCAGGCCCGCGCUGCCAUUUCAGAUGCUGAGCGGAAUUCGAGUACUUCGGCCCCGGCUAUCCAAAGCAGGACUGUGACUGUGACGACUGCGACGGGACGCACAGUCUUCUUUUCUUCCUGCUUCCACGGAGGUUGCUCUACUCCGUGCUGCUUCGCCCGCUGGGUCUCACCCUGACUGACUGGCGUUUCGACUUCUGCAAUCAAAUGUGGAGCGGGAUUUCUGGGCAAGGGGUUCCCCGUGCCCGUGAGCCAAUCAAGUAUAGUGUCCUUGCGGGAAAUUUCCCGGACGCUCCUCGGGCGGCUUCGGGUCACGGCGUGGCGAGUGCUUCGGGUGAAGUCGGGUGCCUCUCAGGCGGCGCGGCUGCGCUUGUGCUUCGGCCGCCCUCUACUCGGCCUCGUCUCGCACUGGCACUGGCAACCCUCAGCCGAGCGAGAGCAGAGCAGCAACGCACAGUGCAGUUCGUCCAGAGAGUAGGAAGGCAGGGAGUGAGGCGAUUUUUGCCCGUUGGCUUGGACCGGCGCUACGCAAGGCAAGCCUGCUGAGGCAGUUUCCGAUGGCGUUGCGAGAAGUUCUACUUGUCGCCCUGGCGACGCUGCUGCUGCGGCACGCGCGCUCGCAGACUUCAAAUGGAGAGCAGGUUGUUUCUCGUGACGGCGAAGACUGCCUGUCCCAGUACGCCGCCCCCGCGACGGUGCUGGCCGUGCCCGAGGAGGUGGUGCUGGUCCUGGGCAACUCGGGGUCCGGCAAGUCGGCGCUGGCCAAGCACCUGUCGCGCCACGACGGCGACAUGAAGGCCGUGCGCGAGAACGGCGAGUUCUUCAUCGAGGGCGACGGCAUCGGCGGCAGCAUCGCCUCGGUGACGUCGGUGCCGGAGCUGUUCCACGACAACGAGACCGCCACCAACUACUUCGACUGCCCUGGCUUCGAGGACACGCGCGGGCCCUGCAGCGAGGUGACCACCACCUACUACAUGAAGGACAUCGCCCGGCACGCGCGCCGCGUCAAGGUGCUGCUGCUGGCGCCGCACUUCGCCGUGCGCAAGGGCCAGGACCGCAGCGACUUCCUGACGAUGCUGCGCCACGCCGCGCGCGUGCUCAAGGACCCGGCCAAGCUGCAGCAGUCGUUGGCGCUGGUAGUGACCAAGGUUGAAGCCCCCGUGGUGAAGAGAAACAACUACGAUGGCUACGGCCGCGUGUCCUCCGACCUCGUCAAGGCGCCAGACAGCGACGUGCGCAGUGGAGUGGAGGCGUUCCUGAGUCGCGAGGUGCGCCCCUUCCUCGCCGCCAUGGCCGAGGACUCGAGCGUGCAGCAGGAGGAGCGGACAGAGCUCCGCAACGCCGUCAAGAUCGUGGACAUCCUCCUCCUCGGCGGAGUGGAAACCAGACGCCACGGACGUGUCAGCCGCAUCGGCCUGUUCCACGCCCCCGACGAGGUUGGCGCCCUGGGCGACAUUGAGAUCAUGCGGAACGGCCGCGCCGAGCUGCUGGAGCUGGUGCAGGGCCUCGGGUACGCCGACGUGCAGCAGGGCGACUUCGGCUUCUCGGUGUCGGCCCGCACCAAGGUGUUCGCGCUGCGGAGGGUGCAGCAGCUCAACGAGGACGUGGUGGCCGCCCUGGGGGUGCUGGGCCAGGCCGCCAAGAACCAGUCCGCCUCUGCCUACGACCCCAGCGACAUCCGCGCCUCGCAGGAGAGGUACGCCGAGCUGGAGAAGAAGGCCGCCGACGUCGCCCGGCACCUCAAGAACAGCACCGACGUCAAGGAGUUCUGCCUGCGGGUGGCCGUCCCCGAGGACUCCAGCGUCCAGCUGGCCGACAAGUGCGCGAUCCUGGACGUGCUGCAGGUGGUGAGCGAGCAGCCCGUGGUGGACCACGCCGUCCUGGCGACCACCUGGGCAGCGCCCAUGGACUCCGUCACCGAGUACCUGAAGGAGAAGAAGGAGUGGCACUCGUUCCUGCUGUCCCUGUACCAACGGUUCAACUCGUACCCCGUGCAGCUGCAGCGCCGUUCGUCCAGCACACCGUUCCCGUCCUCGUCCUUCGUGGAGCUGCCGGAGUUCGCCGCGGAGGCCGAGGCGCUGGCCGCCUUCGCCGCGACGGGGCAGAACCUGUCCGACGUGGCGGCGGUGGUGUCGACGGCGAGCCGUGGCCCCAAGACGCGCUGCGUCGGCGACCUGCCCAGCGGCGGCCACGCGGUCGUUGAGGGUGAGACGGUGCUGCUGUCCGAGGCCGUGGCCGCGGCGAGGAACAGCUGCGCGGGUCCGCUGCAGCUGCUCGAGGUGUACGCCCUCAACACCGUGUUCGUCGACGACACCGUCAGGCUGCCGAGCGUGCCGCUGGUGGUGGCGGCGCCGCGGUGGGAGACCCUGGGGUCGCCGACGAUCAACCUCGACGGCGAGGACGGCGAGCCGCUGGGCAGCGCGCCGGCGGCGAACUGCAGCGGGGAGCGCGGCCACGACGGCAGGCCGGGGAACCCCGGCGGCCCCGGCGGCGUGCUCCUGGCCGUGGGGAUGGACUUCGCCGGCAACAAGGUGCGCGUCAGCGCCAAGGGCGGCGCGGGCGGCGUCGGCGAGGAAGGCGGCGCGGGCAGCGGCGGCGGUGGCGACGGCGGCGCGGGCGGCCUU